UAAGCAUCAUAUAUAUAGCAUUUUCUAGCACUGAUAUUGCAUUCGAGAUUUGUUUUGGGCAUCAUUCCGAGUGCAAAUGCAUGCUAAAAUACUGAAAGUUGUCGAAACAACAAGUUACAGUCUGUUUGUAUUAUUUUGCAGAAAAGUGCGUCAAGGCACUCUAAAAUUCUUCAUUUUUGCACUUUGGAGUAAUAAGGGCUCUCGGUGAUGGACCUCAUGUGGAGGAAGGGAUGAUGUGAAAAAGUAACGGAUCAACUUGUGCUAAACUGAGAUAAGUGGAGGGACGUACUUGCAAAAUAACCAGAUCAGAUCGGGGCCUCAAAUCCCUAGCUGCAUCUCCAUGUCGAGGCGUGCCUGGCUUCGAUCCCUAAUCCCCCAAAGCUCCUGCUCCACCUCCGGCCGCCGCCGCGGCCAGGCCAGCGUGGCGGCGUGCCACCACGACGCCCUGCAGCCCCAUCCACUACCCUGCAACCUGCAGCUCAUGUCCAUCACCCAUCCAGCGACGGUGACGACGACAUUGACGCUGAUUUGCUCCGCCGCCAGGACGCCGGGACGAGACAGCCUGCGCCACUGCGCUGCUGCAAGACCUUCAGCAACAACCUCUUCCUCUACCUCCCCUGCUGUAACGAAGAACGAUUUGGAGCUCUUCUCCCUGCAACCCCUACUGCUGUUCCUCCCCCUCUCCUUAUUUUCAGUAAUUUCCUUUGAACUAGUGAUGUAUGUGACUCGAUUUGAGUUUGAGUACAGAGACGUGUGUUGUUUCCAUUGAUGUGCUCGUGUCAUGUAACAAGUUAUUGUCUGUACGUACUAGUGAAUUUGUUUAAUGUGUGCUGCGCUAGUGCUUAAGCGUUUUCAUUUUCAGUUCUUGAUGUGUAUGUGCACGUAUUGUUCUCUGUCCCAUUCCAUAUCUUGCUUCUAUAUCCCAGUCUUUGAUGUAUGCUAGUAAUUGUGCUUCUCUGAGUAAUAGUUGAUCUAUUUCUGUUAAUUUGUAAAACGAAAAUACAAAAAGAAGUAUCUAGUUUCAGAUUGUAAACUCUGUCCCACGUCCCAAAUAAUGCUUCUAUCUCUUUCUUCAAUCUUUGCUUGUUUGUCUAGCCCAGAUUAGUUAGUCUAGGUUUAUUUUCCGGCAAAUCAACCCGUUCAUGUGACCUAGCUUUAGCCAAAACUCUAUUGUGGAUGGACUAGUCCCUGCGGAGAACACGACAACCUGCAGAUUUGGGGCGAAAUACCCACUGCUAUAUUUUGCAUUGAUCAUUUUGGCGCCGUUGCCGGGGACUAGCGUCGAACAGUUGAGUUAGGCUAUAGACUAGGUCUUCGUUUUUCUUUUGUGAAUAUUAUUAACCUCUAACCCUUGUUCUAGUUAUUUUCCUGUGUUUCUCUUUCUUUUGUGCAGGUUUUAGUAGAACCAAUCUCACUCGUGGAGAUGGCUUAUUAUCACGGACAAGUGAGCAGUUCAGUGAACGAUUUGGAAAAUCUUCAAGAACAGAUAAGUAAGCUAUCUCAAAAUUUGCAUCAAUUAGCUCUACAGCGAGGUAUAAUUUUAGAGGAUGGUCCUGGCUGUUAUGAUCCUUAUUCUCAAGGCCAUCCUUAUGUUGUUCCUACAUGCCAUAUUUGUGGAUUUCAGGGCCAUACAGCUGCUGAUUGUCAGCGUGGUUAUCCUCCCACUCAAGAUUGUGUUGGUAUGAACUUUGCUCAACAGCAUGGUUCAUACCACAACAAUUAUUCUGUUGGAUGGCCUGAGAACCCAACUAUGACAUAUAGGAACAACAACCCACCUAUCUCAUCAUUUCCUCCUAGUUAUCCAAUGCAGGGAUUUAGGUACGAAGAGGAGAGCAAUUGUUCACCACAACAAUUUUAUCCAGCCUCUAUUCAUGUACCUCAGCACGAGGAGAUGCUUCCAGCAGAGUUAAAUGGUCCUCUGGUUGGUCAGCCAUCAACACCUCAAGUGCAAGCACACACAAGAGAAUUUGAUGAUGAAGAGAAACCUAGUUUGUUGUCUCUUGAGUUCAACUGGAGCGCUGAAAAUGAUCCCGUGAGGCCAGUCAUUAUCAAGGAGAUGAAGAAGAUCAAGGAUGGGAGAGAUCUUGUGGAAGAAAUGAAGAAGAUUGAGAAGAAAAUGAAGCUCAGUAACAUUAUCUCCUCACAGCUUGAGCUGGAGUUGAGUGCACCAGAAGUUUCCCUUGAUACAUGUGAAGUUCCUACACCUUCACAUGUACCUGAGCAAACCAGCCAGAGUACAACUGAAGCUGCCACACUUGAAGAAGAAAGAGUUGCUGAGAUUGAAGAAGAGAGAUCCCAAACUUUGGAGGAACGAGAGUCGCAAUUGGAAUUCACAAGCGACCUUGUUGAAGGCCCAAUACCUAUUACUCCUGAAGAUGUGGUGGAUAUGAAUACAGAAGACUCAUCCGCUAGGGUGGCGAGUCAAGAAUCUGAGAGUCAAGUUGAGUUGCAACUUGUCAUGCAAGAGAGUGCUUAUGCAGGUUUAACCAUUCCUCUUAAUGACUUGUUUCUCUCUGAUUUCUCUGCUAUUGCUUUGCACUACAUCAUACCAUCACUGAAGAAAGAAUUGACUAUUGGCAUGUUGCAUUGUGAUCAUGCAUAUCUUGAUAAUGAAACUGCUAUUGAUGCUUGUCAUGAUACAUAUAUUCCUCAUGAUAGAGUUCUGCUUAGAGAUGCAUGCUUAGAUAAUGCUCACCUGUCCCAUAAUGAUAAUUGCUACCCUUCUUACGACACUAUGCUUGCUGUCACUUAUAAUUCCCACCAUGUGCUUUACUGCUAUAAUUAUAUCAUUGGUUACUCAAUUGAUGAUUUAGUGGGUGUGAGCCCUAUCACUUGUGCCAGUUGUUCUUUGUGUGAGUGUACUUUCAGGAUUUUACUUGUGCACCACUCAUCGAGGCCAAGCAUGGUUCGAGUCGACAUCCCAUGGGAUCCUGGUGGAUGUAUGGCAUGGUGAUGAGAAGUAAAGUUGAACAGGUAUGAGGAGUAGAGUGGAGCGAGCAUGAGGAGAAGAAGUGGGUUGUAGAAGGAUGUGAGCUGCUGUACAUAUGAGCCCGGUGAGCUGUGCUAAUUCCUGUCAUUGCUAUUCCGUGCACAUUUUCUACAUCUCUCAUGCCCACUCUAGUUACUUAUAAAACAUUCUUAUUUGGCCAACAAUUCAUAUCUUGUGAACUGAGUCUUAAAUCUGAAUUGUAACCUAUAUUCUCCAUGACAUUACAACACUUAUAUGCCUGUCAAGCAAGUUUUGUUGUUUACUGCUAAUUGGAUUCCUACCAUUACUUUCUGGUAAAUUUGAAUGUUCCAGAAUAAAACUUGUUGAGAGGAUUUUGAAAUUUUCUUCUUUGCUUGAGAGCCAACCAACAUUGAACCCAGCUGAAUAUGUUAUCCCUGGAUAUUAUAUCCGGACUGUGGGAAUGUGUUGGUAGCUAUCAUUCUGCUAGAAAUUCACUAACUAAUCCUGAACCAAAUUGGGCCCAUGUGAUCUAUGGAUUGGAUGUCUGACUUUGGUAAGGAUUCUAACAUGUUUUAUUUUAACUAAUAUUGUUUGCGCUAACUCAAAUCCUGUGUUCAGCUGGGUGUUGUGUCCCUGGACAGAGCACUUGGACUGAGAGGUGGAGAAUAACUUUCUAACACCUCUGAACUUAGCUGGGUCCAUGUGAUCCUUGGAUCGGAUGCCUGGACUAUAGGAAUGAGGACUAACCCAUGCUUGUGACCCUGUAAAUACCUGUUGAUACCUAUUUGUUUCCUUUGGUGCUAGCUAAAUAAAGGAAAAUGGUUGUUACCUGACAAGAGCAAAGAGAAGAAAAUUAGUGCCAAAUUUGAGUGUGUUCACUAAUAAAAGGAGGAAUGAAAAUUGUUUUUGAGUGAUCAUUUCAUUUUGCCAGAUUUGACUCAGUUUCAUUCUUUAGCCUUAACUAAAAGUUUUUGCAUGUUGAUUGCUGGGUUUUCUAGUAAAGUGGUAAAUUCAGUUCCUGCCCGACAAUAAAUUCUGCCUUAUUCAUAUCUUACAUUCAGUAAUGUUUUGAAUCCCAGUAAACAGCAAAGCUUGGUUGGUAUUCAUAUCAGUUUCGCUAGUGUCAUUCUGAAUCUAGUUUACUCUCUCAAUUUGCAUACUCAGUUUUCAUUUACCUUUUACCUUUACUUGAGGACAAGCAAAGAUUCAAGUGUGGGGGUAUGAUAAGCAUCAUAUAUAUAGCAUUUUCUAGCACUGAUAUUGCAUUCGAGAUUUGUUUUGGGCAUCAUUCCGAGUGCAAAUGCAUGCUAAAAUACUGAAAGUUGUCGAAACAACAAGUUACAGUCUGUUUGUAUUAUUUUGCAGAAAAGUGCGUCAAGGCACUCUAAAAUUCUUCAUUUUUGCACUUUGGAGUAAUAAGGGCUCUCGGUGAUGGACCUCAUGUGGAGGAAGGGAUGAUGUGAAAAAGUAACGGAUCAACUUGUGCUAAACUGAGAUAAGUGGAGGGACGUACUUGCAAAAUAACCAGAUCAGAUCGGGGCCUCAAAUCCCUAGCUGCAUCUCCAUGUCGAGGCGUGCCUGGCUUCGAUCCCUAAUCCCCCAAAGCUCCUGCUCCACCUCCGGCCGCCGCCGCGGCCAGGCCAGCGUGGCGGCGUGCCACCACGACGCCCUGCAGCCCCAUCCACUACCCUGCAACCUGCAGCUCAUGUCCAUCACCCAUCCAGCGACGGUGACGACGACAUUGACGCUGAUUUGCUCCGCCGCCAGGACGCCGGGACGAGACAGCCUGCGCCACUGCGCUGCUGCAAGACCUUCAGCAACAACCUCUUCCUCUACCUCCCCUGCUGUAACGAAGAACGAUUUGGAGCUCUUCUCCCUGCAACCCCUACUGCUGUUCCUCCCCCUCUCCUUAUUUUCAGUAAUUUCCUUUGAACUAGUGAUGUAUGUGACUCGAUUUGAGUUUGAGUACAGAGACGUGUGUUGUUUCCAUUGAUGUGCUCGUGUCAUGUAACAAGUUAUUGUCUGUACGUACUAGUGAAUUUGUUUAAUGUGUGCUGCGCUAGUGCUUAAGCGUUUUCAUUUUCA